CUGAACCGUGAGAACGCUCCUUCGCACCUGAGCCGCAGCCGUCCGAGGAAGAGCGGCGCGCGGAGAAAUCGGCCCAGGUCCUCCAGGGUGUCCCGGAAGAGGGACCGGCCCGCCCCAGGAUGCCCUUCUACGGGGACGGGAGCCCGUACUUCUACGGCGGGUCCCCGUUCGCCAAUCACAGCUCCCUGAUGACGGGCGUCGGGCGAAGUCUUCACGUGCCGUUAACGUCGCGCUACUCGCCGCACCUGUCGACGAUCUCGGAGUCGCCGCUGAGCACCCUGCGGCGGUACUCCCCGUCGGUGAUCCGCGCCCGUCCGAAGUGGAUCGACACCGCCGACAUCGACGUAUCGACGCCCAGGAUCCCGUCCCAGGGGCACGGCCACAGUCGGCACCGACUCCGCCGAGACCGGCCGACGGUGAGGAUCCGAUCGCAGGCCCUGAAGGACAACCCGACGCUGCGCGAGCACAACGAGAAACACGAGAAGACGGUGGGCGAGCUGCUCGUGGAGAAGUUCCUGAUCAAGGAAAAGCAGAAGGGCAAGGACCCCGAGCCCAGGCUGAAGAUGUUCCACCAGGUCAGUCUGGAUAGAGGAGGCCACCCCGGAGAGGCCCUGAUAGCGACGCAGAAACGAGUAACGAGGCGCUUCACCAGGAGAAGAUCCUCGGCCUCGAUGGACCCUGAAGAGCUGCAGCGAGAGAUCAUGCUCGCGCAGGCGCAGGUGGAGGUGCUGGACGACCUGUUGGCGGAGGAGCUGGCGGAGAUCGAGGACGAGACCAGAAAGGGGACGUUGAUCGCGAAGAGCACGGCCAGGAACCUGGUGGGGGGCUCCUCGCCGGAGCCCCCCAAGAGCGACGGCAGCGCGAUCCAGGAGGAGGACGAAGAGAGCGACAGGGCGAAAAGGACCCUGAAGAAGGUCAAGAAGAAGAAGAAGGCCUCGGAGAGACCGUCGUCCACCGGGCUCGUCGAGAUGCCUGAGGCCGACGAGCAAUUCAGGGAAAGCGUCAAGUUGCCCGCCCCGAGGAGCUUCCCGAAGACUCCGGAACCCGCGGCCCCGAUCCAGGUCGAGACGGUCGUCCUGCCGAUCAGGAAGCCCUACGUGAAGGACGCAGCCAGGAACAGCGUGUACCUGACUCUCAAGCCGAGCUCCCGAGUCGAGGGAGGAUGCGACGGAGGGAGAGAGAACGAUAAAUCACGGGAGGUUGGCAAUGCCGGCGAACCGAUGGAGCUACAAGACGGUGCGAAACUUGCCAAGAUCACGGCUAAAGAUAAAGCCGAAAGCUUGCCGGCGAGCAAAAGCAUUUCCAAUCUCCCGCCCGGUCCCUUCUUGCCCGACCAAUCGGGCCAGAAGGCGAGGGAGGGGAGAACCGUGAGGGGAAAAGGUACACGGGAAGCUGCGAAAUCUCCAGGCAGCGGCCCGAACAUCGGGAAGCUUGACGAAUGUUCGCGAGUGCAAGCUCCGGAGCCGAAGAGCAACGAGGAUGAACGGAGGAAGGGAGUCUUGGACGAGAAGGAGAUAAAGACCGCGGCUAAAGCUCUGGCCCUCGGAUCGGCUAGCGAGGGAGAUAGCGGGAAGCUCGACUCGAGCUUACUGGAGCGGAGCCGCGAGCCAAGCAAUAAGGAAGAAGCGACCAGAGUUCAGGAACCUCUUCGAGAAGAAGCCUCGAGUUGGCCGAAGCCACUCGGCCACCGGCCGAAUAAGGACGCCGAUGCCGACGAGAUAGUCGCCUCUCCCGAUUCGAAAAAUCUUUCGAGCGGUCGAAAGGAAAGCGGGAAAAUAGAAGAAAGACGAGCCACGGUGAAGGCGAGAAGCUUGACAGGAUUUUUAAACGGCCACUUGACGAAGAGCGAUAAAGCGGAGUCGGGAGACGUCAAAGUGACGGGAGAGGAUUCGGAACAAGGUGGGAAAUCGAGAGACACGAAGAGCUGCCCAAAAGACGUCGGGGCGAGAGAUCGGAAACCUAAAGCUCCGGAAGUGAAGGAUAUUUUGGACGACGGCGGCCAAAUGAACAUCCAGAGAAUCGAGGGAACAAAUCUAGAGAAAGAUGGGAAAAGUCCGUUGAAAAAUGGUGCCAUCGAGUCCACGAAAUCCUCCGAUAAUAUGCUAUCGGCCGAUACCGACUCUAAAUGUUCGCAGAAGCUUUUGACGAAGGAGACGAGUUUCACGAAAGCUCUGAAGAGAAAUUUGGAGAAAGGCAGCGUCUCGUCGACACCCUCCUCUCCAGCUGUCGAGACGAUUUCGAAGAGCACCGAAAGUGAGCAGAAGACCGCCAAGGCGAAGCCGAACUUGACUUUGGAAAUCGCCCAAAAAGUGAACGGCGAAGUUUCGAAAGUCGAGGUACACUCCGCGCCUCUGCUUAACUCAUCGGACGAAAACGGUAUCAUCCCAAAAGUUGUUAAAGACGCGGCAAGGCUACCGACAGCUGCGAAAGACUCGAUCAGUAGCAAAAGCCACCUCGGUGGAGCUACUGCCCCGCCGGUUGCAGAACCGAAGAUCAAAAAGAGGAUCGAGGCGUCAUCGGCGUCGUCAACGUCAUCUGACGUAGAUUUCUGGGGAGAAAUAAAGGCUCGGAAUAACUUGCAGUCGAAAACUCCAAGAACCCCACCGCCAAAAGAUCCGGCUUUGAAAGCAAAAGCCAAAGAUAGCGUAAAUAUUAUCGCGCCGGAUAAGUCGGAAGCGGAGAAAAGUCGCUCAACGCCGGGGUCUUCCAAGGAACCAGGUGAUAAAAAUCAAGAGACUGAUAUUAAUAUCAAUUCUGCGUCCGGCGCUUCAGCAUCUCGCUUGGACGACGUUCCGACAUCUCCGCGGAAAGAGGAAACCAAGGAGCCGAAGACUUCUGCGGCCUCCGAAACGAACUUCAGGGUUCCACCUAUCGGUGACUCCGCGAAGCUACAGGAGGUGGAUGCGGAAUUACCCUCGAAAGUAUCUUUGAACUCCGACGCCUUCGAGGAAGCCCUUCCUACCAUAUUGGAGGGCGAAGUGACGCGGUCACCCCACGAGAAGGACUCGGAAGGAUCUAAACGGGAGAGCUGUCCCACCCCCGACGCAUCGUUACCCUCGACGGAACCUUCGACCCCGUCAACGGAGCCACCCCUGCCGGUUAUAAGCGUUGAGGCAGCUCCGGGCGGUGCCCGCGUACCGGAUUCGUCGGAAUUGAGCGUCGACGAUGGAGCGAGCACCCCGACCAACGAGUGGUCGGACUUUAAAAUGACCAAGUGGAACGGCCAAGACAACUUGUCGACGCUGAACGACCUGGACGUAGAUGUGACCCCGGUCCCAUCCCAAGAGCCGAGCCGCUGCCCGAGUCCCGUGACGACCCCCCAGGCGUCUCGCAAAAAGAAGGUGGUGAAACGCAAAAAGACCGCUACCAAGAAGACCGACAGUCCGAAGAAGGGCAGCAGCACCAAGUCCCUGGCCAAGAAGAAGCUCGACAGCUCGAAAGACGGCUCGAAGUCGGACCUGAAGCCACCCAGCGUGCCCAACUCGCCGAGGUUUUCGCCCAGGUCGAGUCCCCGCACCAGCCCCAAGCAGAGGCCUCUCGAUCUCAUGAAGAUCUUCUAUACCACCCCCGCCCCCUUGCUAACCGCCACCCCUAGAGACCUCUCCAAGGUGAAACGAGCUAAGAUGAAGAAGGAGCGGAAAAAGCCCCCCAGGACGGACAGGACGCCCUCGGCCAGCAGCGACAGCGCCGGCAGCACCCACAGCACCGCCACUACUGGCAGUGCCGAGGACACGACCUCGACGGGCACCGAGGUCGAGGAUGAAUUGGAUCAGAAACGAAUGACCUCCACGCGUAGCAACGAUUCCGGCUUUGACGGCUCGCCAAGACUCUCGACACCCUCCCAGGCGGCCGACAAUCAGCGCAACUCCGAGAGCAACGAUCAUCUGCAAACUGGCCGUGUCACCCCGCCCGCCACCAAUCUGCCAAGAUUCAAGAAGUACUGUGUCACGGACUUCAAUUUCCUAAAAGUCCUCGGAAAAGGCAGUUUUGGCAAGGUCUUGCUGGCAGAACUGCGAGGCACGGAAUGCGUUUAUGCAGUGAAGUGCCUGAAGAAAGACGUAGUGCUCGAGGACGACGACGUGGAGUGCACUCUUAUAGAAAGGAAAGUCCUUACCCUGGCGACGAGGCAUCCUUACCUAUGCCAUCUGUUCUGCACCUUCCAGACAAAUUCUCACCUCUUCUUCGUCAUGGAGUACCUGAACGGUGGGGACCUGAUGUUCCAUAUCCAAAAGUCUGGCCGAUUUCCGGAGCCAAGAGCGCGCUUCUACGCGGCCGAAAUUUGGUCGGGGUUAAAUUUCUUGCACAAGAAGGGUAUCGUCUAUCGGGACCUUAAACUGGACAACGUCCUUCUGGACUUCGAGGGCCACAUCAGGAUUGCCGAUUUCGGCAUGUGCAAACUCCAGAUUUUCCUUGACAGGACGGCCGACACCUUCUGCGGAACUCCGGAUUACAUGGCACCCGAGAUAAUAAAAGGGAUGAAGUAUAACCAGGCCGUUGACUGGUGGUCCUUUGGGGUGUUGCUGUACGAAAUGCUCACUGGCCAAUCUCCGUUCUCGGGAUGCGACGAGGACGAGCUAUUUUGGAGUAUUUGCAACGAGCGACCGUUCAUUCCUCGAUACUUAAGUCAAGAGGCAACUGACAUAUUGGUCUGCUUGUUGGAAAAAGAUUCUGGAAAGAGGCUCCCUGGCCAUGAAAUCGCUGUGCAUCCGUUCUUCCAGAGCCUCCCUUGGGACAGAUUGGAAAGGAGGCAACUGGAACCACCUUUCAAACCAGCGUUGGAUCAUACCCUGGACACGAGAUACUUCGACACCGCGUUCACCGCCGAACGACCUCGGCUGAGUCCCGUUCCCGAACAAAUUCUAAACUCGAUGGAUCAAGACGUCUUCAGAGGAUUCUCCUACACGAAUCCAAACGCAACGGACUGAUCGGUGAACGAAUCGAUCCGCUGAAAAUCCGCUUUAGUCGCGGCAUAACACGAGUCAAGUCGUAUCGGAUUCGAUUCCACGCCGAGGGAUGGGAAAUGGAACUGUCCUUUCGACCUUAAACUCUGACCGUGGCGAUUAAAGUACACGGCGGGAGUUUUCGCUAACCCUCGAGGAAGAACGGUCCACGAAGGCAAACACCCUUACAAAAAAUAAUCCAAGGAAACAAAGGACCCAAUCGGUAAUUAAUCGUUCACGAACGAUCCUUAAUGUGGAACUCCAGCGUAUACCCCAGGUCAAUGGCGGAUACCGUAAACGGAAGCGAGUACUUUUACGAGUGAUUAAAUUACGGGGCUUAUACAUGGACCGUAUAGCCCCACUCUGACCGAGAGUAGGAGGAAACGGCGCUCCAUUGGGCGAAGGAAAAGCUCCGGACUUUCUUAAGCUUCGGAAAGUAAAUACUUCUCCGCGAAGGAAACUCUCGCGGCUGGAUCGAACCGACUGGCUCUAUUCCGAGAGUCCCCGGAGAGUCUUUUGGAGGAAAAGUUAACUGUACCAGCACGUGCCAUUGCUAGUCUAUUUCGAGACGAGCGGAGCUCUUCCUCGAUGUCACGUUUUACGUCAGUGCUCCGAGGUUGCGCGCCAAAAGGUUUCGAAAAUCUCGAGUUCUCCCUCUUCUGGGCCUCGUGAUGUACCGAGCGUACUCUCUCACCUUCUCUCUCUCUAUUUUUCUCUUUCUCUUUAUCCCUGUGUCUCUUCGGACGCGAAGGAAUUACGCGGAAGAUACGCGCGCAGAGACCCCGAAAAGAUCGAGUUUCCCAUGGGCUGCGUACGGUGCGACACCCAGAGGACUCUCUUAAAAUUAGCCGCCACACCGGAGCGAGUAUAUCAAUCCGACGCGUGUGCGUAAACACACCGUAAGUCGCGCGUCGUCGAGGUACUCCUUGUGACGGUUCUGAGUUAAGGGGGUUCGUACGGGGGUUCCUAUUGACUGGGGGAAAAUACCCAUUUUUUUGACAGGCGCAGGAAAAAGCGAAACAUAACGUGUAAAUAUACAUUAAGCGUGAUAUGUAACGUAUUACUUUUUCGUACAUACCAUCAUUUUACGUAAAGAACUGUUUUGAAACUUUAGUCAAUUUCCAAACAAUGCCAGUUUCCAUGCUUUGUCAUAAAAUGUCAAGUUUUCGCUCCGCAUAGUUCAUAUUUUGCAUACGUGUUGAGAAAGUAUGUUGAUAAAAUAUGAAACUUUAGUCAUUUUCCAAACAGUGCCAGUUUUCAUGCUUUGUCAUAAAAUGUCAAGUUUUCGCUCCGCAUAGUUCAUAUUUUGCAUACGUGUUGAUAAAAUAUGUGGCUAUAGAUAUGACCAUCGACAACUAUGUAGAAGCAAAGUUACUCAAAACUUUAGUUAUCUAUUAACUCUGUUUUUCGGCAAUUUCUCCAUACUUUGAUAAAAUAGCUUUUUACAAUUAUUCAACGCCAUUGGAAAUUAAUGAGAAUGGCCAUUUCUGAAUAGGUAAACGUCACGAUUUUCAUUCUAAAGGCGGAGGACUCUGGACCGUCUGAAAACUUAUGGCAAAUAAGGAUGUACACCAAAAUACGGUUCUUUACAACUUAUCGUGGCUGGAACCUUUUUUUAUGCAAAACGGUACAAAGUUAAAUUGAUAUGUAUUUAAAAUAUGAUUAAUACACGCUUAAACUGUAUUUAAAUGUUGUAUUGCAUUUCUUUCCUGUACCUGUUGAAAAAAAAUGGAUACUCGCAACCCCGUCAACAGGAACGAGCCCCCUUAAAUCUCGCGAAGAGGGGGCGGAUCCCAAAUCUGUCCGGUUAUCAUUACCGCAGUUGACGAUCGUUGUUAUCUUUGACCGUCGACUGUGGAUCCUUGUGGCGCUAAUUCCACUAAUUUUGUACUUCACUUUAUAGCCGGGUUCUGAGCCGCACCGAGAGAAACGCUUAUUCGGAGUCUAUGUAAAGCUACUCGAACGUCAAUCACGAAUGGACUUUUAUAGUUUGAUAAAGUAUACGACUUAAUGUACUUAGGAUUAAUGAAAUGCAUACGUGUAAGAGGGAAAUGUAUUUGUACAUAGUAAACGAUUUUAUUCGGUUUCAUUUUCUUCUUUCAGUGCAUGGACUGGUAGAUUCGAUUGUUGCCAAUUGUUUAAAUAGUUAUAGCCGACCAAUUGUUGUAACCUUUGUGAUAAUCUAGAACAACAAUGAGGUUACCGAACUAA